CUCUCCCUUCUCCCUUCAUUUCUUCGAUUUCUCUCUCUCUCUCUCUUGUUCGUUCUCUCUCUCUCUCUCUCUCUCCCCCCUCUUCUCCGGCACUGAUCUUACUCCGGUCAAGUUUUCGCCGGCAGGUCCUCUCAUCAAAUCGAUCUCUUCAGAUAUAAUUAUAGCCGGUAUCUGAUUAGCCAUGAAUCCAGAAUAUGACUAUUUGUUUAAGCUUCUGCUUAUCGGAGACUCGGGAGUUGGAAAAUCAUGUCUUCUACUGAGGUUUGCUGAUGAUUCGUAUCUGGAUAGCUACAUUAGCACAAUUGGAGUUGACUUUAAAAUCCGUACUGUGGAACAGGAUGGAAAGACUAUUAAACUUCAAAUUUGGGACACUGCCGGUCAAGAACGUUUUAGAACAAUUACUAGCAGUUACUACCGUGGAGCUCAUGGCAUUAUUGUCGUGUAUGAUGUUACAGAUCAGGAUAGCUUCAAUAAUGUUAAGCAAUGGUUGAAUGAAAUAGAUCGAUAUGCAAGCGAAAAUGUGAACAAGCUUCUGGUUGGUAAUAAAUGUGACCUCACUGCAAAUAAGGUCGUCUCUUAUGAGACAGCUAAGGCUUUUGCGGAUGAAAUUGGGAUUCCAUUCAUGGAGACAAGCGCUAAAAGCGCCACCAAUGUGGAAGAGGCUUUUAUGGCCAUGGCUGCUGAAAUAAAGAACAGGAUGGCGACACAGCCAAUGAACAAUGCAAGGCCACCAACAGUGAAUAUUCGAGGACAACCUGUGAAUCAGAAAGGUGGUUGCUGCUCUUCUUGAAGAUGCGUGGUCCUUAUUGAAUGGUGACUGAUGGUGAUGUUUAUGUGUAUGGACCGUGACGUGUAAAACUAGUCGUCUCUCUCUCUCUCACUCUAUGCUUUUGGUAUGAAAAGAUUUGUGGGUCAAGAUUUGCCUUUUCUUUUCUUCUCUCGCCUUUUGUCGUCAGCACGUUAACACUUCCAUUCUUUCAAAUAUAUUUGUUUCUGGAUCAACAUUAUUCAGCUGUAAAAUUUAGAUAUCAAUGAACAGUAGUGUUUGCUUCA